AGAAAAUCAUUACUGCUUACAAGUAGUUCAAGCAACCCCAAGUAACAAACUCUAAGAAAAAAGAUAUCCCAGUAAUUUUUUUCAGCCACAAGAAAAAAAGAAUAUAAUGGGUGAAUGGCUAUUAAUGCCCCUACAAAUUUCUUGCAAUAUUGAGCUAUGGAGGCUCUGUAAAGAAAAUACAAGGUGUAAAAAUGAAUUUUCAGUCUGAUUUUCAAGAAAAGGUAUCUGCUUGUUUCAAACCUUGGCAACGUUCUUUCCAGUUCUGGGUUCGUGCAGUAGAUAUAUACACUGGUUAUAAGGUGUUUCAAUUAAGAGUUGGCUUUGAAAAAAAUGUGCAAAAACAAGAAGCAAUGUGGGAGAGGCAGCAUGAGGUUGCAGGUGAGAAGAUAUACAAUAUGUGCUCUGACCUUGGUGGGUUCUUCCUAAAGGUUGCUCAACUACUUGGGAAGCCAGACUUGGCCCCGGCUGCAUGGGUAAGAAGGUUAGUUACUCUAUGUGAUCAAGCGCCUGCUACACCAUACAAUGUAAUCAGGACUGUGCUGGAGAAGGAAUUGGAUCAGAAUGUUGAUGAAUUGUUUGAAAGUUUUGAUGUUGAUCCUUUGGGUUCUGCUUCUAUUGCACAGGUUCAUAGAGCAAGACUCAAAGGUGACAAAAAAGAUGUUGUUGUCAAGGUGCAACACCCUGGGAUCCAAGAACUGAUGAUGACCGAUAUCCACAACUUGCAAGCUUUUGCACUAUACUUGCAGAAGAUGGAUAUAAAAUUUGAUAUAUACUCUUUGACAAAGGAAAUUGAGAAACAGAUCGGAUAUGAAUUCAACUUCUUGAGAGAGGCUGAUGCAAUGGAUAGAAUUCGGCGUUUUCUCUACGAAAAUAACAAAAAGUCCCCAGUUAUGGUUCCACAGGUGAUUCGAGAUAUUGUGACAAGGAGGGUCCUAGUGAUGGAAUAUAUUGAUGGAACCCCGAUUCUGAAGCUGGGAGAUGAAAUGGCAAAGAGAGGCAUCAGUCCAGAUGGUAAAAUUGCAGCAGUAGCAAGGCAGAACAUUCUUAAAAGUUUGUCCUUAGCUUAUGGACAAAUGAUACUCAGGAGUGGUUUCUUUCAUGCAGAUCCUCAUCCGGGGAAUAUUCUAAUCUGCAGAGGUGCUGAGGUUGCAUUGCUGGACUAUGGACAAGUUAAGGAUCUUCCAGAAAAUCUCAGGCUCGGAUAUGCUAAUCUUAUUCUUGCUAUUGCUGAUAAUGAUGCUACAAGGGCCAGAGAAAGCUUUAAGGAACUUGGCAUAGACACCCUAAGCAAAUGUGAGGAUGAUCAGAAAGAAAUGCUUAAAUUGGCACAAGGUAUGUUUGACACAAAAUUACCACCUGGUGUAAAGAUGCUGCAACCUUUCUCGGAAGAAUCUUCAGUCAAAAAAAUUGCAGUUGAGGCUUUUCCAGAAGAACUUUUUUCUGUUCUUCGAACUCUGCAAUUACUGAGAGGGCUUAGUGUUGGUUUGCAAAUAAGCCAUUCAUGUGCUGAACAUUGGAAACCUAUUGCUGAGGAAGCUUUAUACAGUGCUGGCAGAUUGACAGAUAUAAAUAUGAAGCGAUCACGUAGACAUAGAACUAGAAGAAAGUCCGGAAAAUAACAUUUAGCUAGUCAAGAGGAGCAAAGUAUGAACGAAUUCGGAGAUGGUCAUGUUGCUAAUGUGUUGGAGAAAGAGAUUUUCAUUCAAUCGUUUACAUUUGUAGCAAAGCUUUUCAAGGACAAGCACAAUUGAUACCACAAAACACUACAUACUUGCUAUUUUUUUUUCUUCCCAUGGCCUCAGAACAAUGUCUUCACAACAUGGCUUGUAAUCAUAUCAUAUCUAUCUAUAUCUAUAUUACUUUAAAAGCA